ACAAAAAAUAGUGACUGUUAUCCUAUUAAUUUAAAUCCUAGCUCGUUUUUCUGUGGGCCGGACGGCCGUUUCCGGGGUCCUUCAGGGGGUCCUCGGACCCUCGUUUUGAGAGCAUAGUUCUGGGCUCCUCGGGAAGCUUCUAUGAGGAGUGAGUGAAGGAAGUCACAGCCCAUGUUUGGAAAUGUUCUCCCAGGGGCGCUGCAGCAGCAGCCGGUGGAGCUACAGUCAGCUGGACAGCUCGGAGUUGACCGCACACGGGAUUUGUUUUUACUACGGAACGGAUCAGCCUUGUGACGGGUGUUCAUCAUCAUGGCUCAGGCAAAAAUACAGGCGAAGAUGAACGAGGCUACCUGUAGCAAGUUCAGCAGGACGCUAUCCAUGGCAGAUCGCUCGGGGCGGCUGCUGGAAAGUUUGGACCAGCUGGAAAUGAGGGUGGAGUCUUUACGCGAAGCGGCAUCGGCCAUGGAGCAGGAAAGGGAGUGCAUCCUGGAAAUGAUUCAAUCUCUACAGAACAGUCAAGAAAUGCGUAACAUCUGUGCUGGAGAGAGAGAGGAGUUAACUUUAACUGCAGACCGUUUAAUGGGCCGGACGCUGUCUGUGGAAAUCUCUGUUGGGACAAUCAGAAACCCGCAGCAGGAGGAGGCGCUACAAAAAGCCACAUCCAUCAUAGAUGAAAUAGUGAAAAAGUUGCUGGACGACAUGGAGGGGAGCAGGCAGAAGCUGCUGGCCCUGCACGCCGCAUGUGUGACUGAAGCACCGGCCAUUCCCAUCGACCAGAAGUUUCAGGCCAUUGUGAUCGGUUGCGCUCUGGAGGACCAGAAGAACAUAAAGCGGAGGCUGGAGACUCUAUUGAGAAAUGUUGAAAAUGCUGAAAAGAACAUCAAGAUUAUGGAUCAUCAAAAACUCGAGAACACAAAAGCAAACGGUAGUCAAUAAGACUCAUCACCAAAGCAUUAAAUGUGCCUUGAAUGUUCGCUUUCAGAAGGCUGCUACUUGUAGCAAGAAAAGUGAGCAACAAAUAUCCAGUUUUACCAAAUCAUUGUCAUUUUUACAUUGAUCUACUUAAUAUUGGUUACUUAAUGUUUAUACAAUGUACGUGUGUGUUCACAUAUGCACCUAGUGCAGUAAAAGAUUCUGAACAGCAAUGAAUUAAACAACUCUCUUUUUGUUUCAUUGCCUCACUUUUAAAUUUAGGUAGUUGAUUUUGUAAGUGCACACACUACCUCUUUGUGUGAAAUCAACACAAGAUAUAUGGAUUUUAUUUUGUAUUUGCACAUAUGAGUUUUAUUUCAGAUCACGUGUCAAAAAACAAAAUAAACCUGUUGUCUUAUGAGUGUCGGGCAGAGACUUCUUUAAAUAUACAGUGCAGCAUGUGGCAAGUGCCUCUGUUUAUUUAGAGGCAUUAUCCUCUACACCACGUGUCCACACACGUGGUGUAGAGGAUAAUCUAUAGGACAAAUUUUAAAAUCGAGACUUACAACACUUAGUUGUUUUGUAUCAAAUAGAAAAACAAUGUCAGCAGUGCAAAGGGCAUACAAUGUUUUAAGUAAGUAAAGGCUGCCUUUGUCUAGGAGCCCUACAUAUUAUCACUUGCUCUUCCCCAGCGGAUGGCAUUUGAGCAAACUCAUCUAUUAUUUGGCAUAAGGAUAUGAAAUAACAUAGAAUAUGAGGAUCAUGAGGUAUGAGUUUCUCGUGUCAAGGUACUAAGAGCAAGGCUAAACUUCUACACCCAUGUUAGUUGUUUAUUAACUUGUAAAACUGCCACGGGUACAGACAACCAUCUUUUAUCCAAACUGUCUGCACUU